CAUCGGAACUGGUUCGUUUUUUGUUUUACUUAUUUGAGUCUUAUCGCCAAUAUGAAGGCACCCUUUAUCGCUGCUGCUGCCCUGCUCGCGGGUGGUGCAUCCGCCGAAGUUCACAAGUUGAAGCUCAACAAGGUCCCUUUGGAAGAGCAGUUGUACACCCAUAACAUCGAUGCUCAUGUCCGCUCUCUUUCCCAGAAGUACAUGGGUAUUCGCCCUUCUGCCCACGAGGAACUGCUCCAGGAUCAGUCCAUCAAGGAGCAGGGUCGCCACAAUGUGUUGGUUGACAACUUCUUGAAUGCCCAAUACUUCAGCGAGAUCGAGAUUGGUACCCCUCCCCAGAAGUUCAAAGUUGUCCUUGACACCGGUAGCUCGAACUUGUGGGUGCCCUCGUCCGAGUGUGGUUCCAUCGCCUGCUACCUUCACAACAAAUACGACUCCUCUGCGUCGUCCACGAGCAAGAAGAACGGCUCCGAGUUUUCCAUUCAGUAUGGAUCCGGAAGUCUGAGUGGCUUCGUGUCCGAAGACACCGUGAAGAUUGGAGACCUCAAAAUUGAUAAUCAGCUAUUCGCCGAGGCUACCAGCGAGCCGGGCCUUGCCUUCGCCUUUGGCCGUUUCGACGGUAUCUUGGGAUUAGGCUAUGACACCAUCUCGGUCAACAAGAUUGUCCCUCCCUUCUACAGCCUGGUCAACCAGAAGAAGGUUGAUGAGGCCGUCUUUGCCUUCUACCUGGGCGAUGCCAACAAGGACGGUGACACCUCGGAGGUCACUUUCGGCGGUGUUGACGAGGACCACUACACCGGCGAACUGACCAAGAUUCCCCUUCGCCGUCAGGCCUACUGGGAGGUCGACUUCAACUCCAUUGCCCUCGGUGACAACGUUGCUGAGCUUGACAACACUGGUGUCAUUUUGGACACUGGCACUUCGCUCAUCGCGCUGCCUUCUACUCUUGCUGAGCUUCUUAACAAGGAGAUUGGUGCUACCAAGAACUUCAUGGGUCAGUACAACGUUGACUGCGAGAAGCGCUCCUCUCUUCCUGACCUCACUCUUCAACUGGGUGGCCACAACUUCACAAUCACUCCUUAUGACUACACCUUGGAAGUCCAGGGCAGCUGCAUGAGCUCCUUCAUGGGCAUGGACUUUCCUGAGCCCGUUGGACCCUUGGCCAUUCUGGGAGACUCCUUCUUGCGCAAGUGGUACAGCGUGUAUGACCUUGCUAACGGCGAGGUUGGUCUUGCCAAGGCCAAAUAAAUGAUCAGCUCCAAUGCCUUUUCACGAGCACAAGGUGAUUAGGGGGGAUGAUUUAUCUCAUGGUUUUAUGCGUAAAUAGGUAUAUCACAGGUUGCUUUGAUUUUUAUAUGAUCGCUUGGAGACGAGGACGAUUCCCGCAGAUGGUUGCAAGCAUAUGCUUGAAACUUGCUUUUUAAUGAGCUAUUAAUGGAAUUCUUUGAGUUUAAUUGAUAUCACGGGCUUACAGCCUAGAAUUGCUACAAGUCCAUAAUGGUAGAAUGACUUUCAAUAAAUGCCGAGUGUUUCUUUCCAUUGCAUUUAUUUUUAGCCUCAAG